UUGACGUCAUAGCAGAUACACUUCGCGACUACGCUGAUCGGGAUGUAGUAUUUUCAUUAUAUGUAUCCCAUAUAUGUGGUAUGAAUUCAGAAUCAAAUGUAAAGUAUAUGUAUAACGAAAAGACAAAGACCUGUAGUCAAAAAAAAAUAUAUGAUUAUAUGAACCGUGGAAUUUUAUCAUUUGAAUGUGAUGACGUUUAUGUACAGGGUUUUCCUAGUGCUUAUAUCAUUAUUGUGUGAUCCUUGAAAGAGUGAGUUGCAGUGGACUUUUGUGGUGUUGAAAAUCUUUAUGAUGUCGAGUAGGUGUCCUUUUUUUUUACCCAAGUGAUCGGCUACAGAUGUUUCUAUUGAAAAAAAAAAAAAAAUCCCAGACCAGAAAAAAAUAUUGGAUGCAGUUUUAGCUGGUGAAAAGCUCAAGGAAACGACAAAAAAACAAACAAAAAACCCCCCCACAAAUUUGACAUUACGACGGAGCAGUUGAUAGUUCAAAUAACUGUGUGGCUUCCUCUUUCAGAGAAAUGUAAAGACUACAAACACCGGAUUAACUUGGAAAAAAGCAAACCCAUUGAAGAGAAGAAUCAGCAGUCUGUGGAAGCAGAGAGGAACCAGAACAUGGCAGUUCCAAGCAAGCCUAGCCUUAUAGAUUUACCUGAGGAUUUGCUCCUGUGCAUAAUGGAACUGUGUGACCCCCAUGACCUUGCUAUGCUGGGCGAAACCUGUACACUUCUCCAUACCCUUAGUCAGUACGACUUUCUGUGGAAACGUUUUUGUGAGAAAGCCACUAAUGUUAAGAAUCCCGACCUUGGAGAAGUUAGUAGUUACAGAGAGCUGUACACUACUCUGCUGCACAGGUAUGGAGGGAUGCUAGGCCUCUACCAGGUCAUUGCCGGUCCCUUCGGAGGCCUCACGGAAGUAAGGUAUUCAUGCGGCACUCUAGAAGGCAUUACCUGGGACCCAGAAUUCGUUGACUCUCCACUGAAAGCCAACGUUUGUUUUUCUCUUAGAGGUGGCAACAAAUACGCACAGUGUCUCUGUCUUCCAUUAAUGGCUCCGCAUUCUAGCAUGAUUAUACUCGAAAAGGAUAGUGGCAGAUUUUCCCAUCUGUGUUUCAGCCCCAUGGAUCACGCCAAGGCAGUCUGGAAGGACUUUCAGCAUCAACAUGAUUUCGAUUUCAUUCAUGAAGAGGAACUAUUUCGUCGGUUUAGGUCGAGUAUCUUUAAGCUAUUGCAACCGCACAGUCAUCAGAAAAAACUGCUUUGUCUCAGCCACUGUUAUGACUUUCGCCUGGUCCACAAGCCCCUUGUUCUGCCUCAUGCAAAUGACAUUCCCGAGAGCCUGCUUAUGCCAGAUGGAUCUUGCCCAAAACAACUCAUUGCUCCAGGGUUGUUCACAGGAAAUGGCAUCUUUCUUGGGACACAGUUGUUUGUUUUUAAGUACAAGAAUGAAAAAGAGCUUUGCGCCUUCAAGGUGACAGGAGACGAUUACGUCCCUGCAGAAGAACUAUACUUCUCUGCUAUGCUGGAAUAUCCAGUCAGUCCCAUCAAUGUCGAUGACCAAAAAUAUCACUUUUAUGAAGAGCUGUUGGAUCUAGAAAUGAAAAAGGGUCGAAUAUCAGAUAUCCCAGAGCAGUCUUUCAGAUUACCUCUGGGCACUCCACUCUCUGUCUCAUACGACAAGUGUUACGCAAGAUACCAUGGAAGAGGAGUAACAAACUGCGUGGAAUCCUGGAAUGAAUGUCCACUCCACGUUAUUGUUUUUGAUCCUGACACUGUGUGUGUGCUGUGGCUGGACUGUUGUCAUCCCUCACUCUACAAGCGAGUCCUGCAAGGGCCGCGCCUAUCAAAAUACUAAUUUUGCUAAGUAUAUAUAUUUAUAUGCAUAUAUAUAUGCAUACAUAUAUAUAUAUAUAUAUAUAUAUAUAAGUUAACAUACCUGUAAACAUAUAUUAUUAUUAUGUAGCGACCCACUGAGUAUGAGCUUGCGACCCUGGGUGCGAGGAUGCCUAUGAAAAAUUAAAACAAACAGCGAAAUGUUCUUUUGCAUUCACUUUUUUUAUCACUGAAAAAGGUUAAAACCCACAUUACUGUCUAGAAUAAUCUCCGUAAAUAACUAAUGCAUUUACGAAAGCCAGAUUUGUACCUCCAUAGAGGAAAUAUCUAAAGGUACCUGUAAUGUCUUGAGUGUAGUGUACAUUAGACAAUUCAAUGGAAACAACGCUCAAUCUAGAUCCAGGAGGAAAGCCUGGUAAAAUUGAUAUGGACUCCGACUCCCAAUCAAACAGAAGACCACGAGAAACUCCAAAAGAGAGCCUAAAACACAAAAAAGAUACUCAAAUGAAUAAAAAAGACGUCUCAUGGAUGAAUACAAUAAAGAAUAUAGUCACUGUGAUAUCAAAUGUAAUAAUCAACAUGAAUUCUAAGAGAAACAGUGAUAGAAAUUAUUACUGAAACAAUAAACGAUGUAAAUCCAAUCAUAAAAGAAGUAAUGAAAUACGUAAAUAAACAAAAACAUUCGCUAUAAUAUUAGGUCAGUUAUUAAAAAAAAAAAAAAAAAAAAAAAAUACUUGAUACAUAAAUAA